AUGGUAUUGGAUAAACCAAAAAUAGCAGACCAUAAUAUAAUAUACGCAAAGCUGAAUAAUAAAGAUUAUAAUAUUAAUAAUAAUAAAUCAAAAAUAAUUACUUUUAGAGAUUAUAAUAACUUUGAUGAAAAGUUAUUUCAGAAAGAAAUAGCUAAAUUAAGAAGCAUCGACUUCACAGUAAUUGACUGUGAUGAUAAUAAUAACGGAUUAGUAUUUAGUGAAUGUGUUGUCAAUGUCAUUAAUAGUAUCGAAGACAUUGUUAGUAUUAUAAAUAAUAGUAGUAUAAAUAACAAUUCAGACUUAUCGUGCAAUAUUAACUAUAAUUAUAUUAAUGAUAAUAAUUUCUGUGAUAAUAAUUUAGAUUGUAAUAAUAUAUGGGAAAAUUUUGAUGAAAUAAGCUAUAAUGGACUUAAUAAAAUCAUAACAGGAUUAAAUUGUAAUAAAAAUAAGAGUUAUGAUCUAAAUACUAGUAUUGUCAAAUUAAUUUGGGCUUGCAACAAUGAUCCAGCACCAAGUUAUGAGGGGCACCGAAAUUCUACUUUUUUUUCGAGACACGUCCGAAUAAUUGCUGCCAUUGCCUAUUGA